AUGUCUUAUUACAACAAGGACCGUUCCGCGCAAGGCAACGCUCGCGCUGUGGGCGGAGCCGCAGGCGGCGGGGGAGGUGGAGAAGGCAGAAAAGCAUGGGGAGGGCGGCGCGGGUUGGGUCAAGGCGCGAGCGCCGGCGACGAAGAGGUGGAGACGGCGUUUGGAUUCGUUAAUUUCACGGAGGGAGAUCCGCGGCUCGGAUGGCUGCUAAACAUGAGCUCGGCAUCAGUGGAGGAGCCCGAGACGUCCACCAUGUGCAGCUGCGUGAACCUCUACUUCAUGUGCCAGAACGGCUCCACGUUCAAGGCACAAGUCAAAUACGAGCCAUACUUUUACAUCGCCGCCAAGGAGCGCAGGGAGAUGGAGGUGGACGCUUAUCUACGCCGCAAGUACGAGGGCCUCAUCACGGGCAUCCAGGCAGUGGAAAAGGAAGACCUCGACCUUCCGAACCACCUGUCGGGGCGGCGGCGGGUGUACCUGAAGGUGUGCUUUGCCAAUGUGCAGAACCUCAUGGAGGUGCGCAAGGAUGUUCUGGCUGUCGUGGAGCGCAACAAGACCCGCGCACAGGCUGCUGGCGCGUACGGAUCAUUCGAAGGCAUCAAUCUCUCGCUGCUCACAGGGGCGACUGGAAUGAAUGGGGCAGGGAGCGGCAUGGGGUCGGGAUAUGGGCAGCAGUACCUGCAUGCAACAGCAGAGUCCCACAAGGCAGUGCAUGCAGGGCUGCAGCAAGAGGGCGCUGAGUCGCUCAUGGUGGACAUACGAGAAUACGACGUGCCCUAUCACAUGCGCUUUGCCAUUGAUAAAAACGUGAGGUGCGGGUGGUGGUACACAGUGGCGAUAGACGCGGGCAACAUCACGCUAACGCACCGCCCGGACCUCAUCCGCAGUCCUGAGCCGCGCGUGUGCGCGUUCGAUAUAGAGACCACCAAGCUGCCGCUCAAGUUCCCCGAUGCCUCCUUUGACAUCAUCUUCAUGCUCUCGUACAUGAUUGACGGCAAGGGAUACCUGCUCGUCAACCGUGAGGUGGUGGGCGAGGACAUAAAGGACUUGGAGUACACGCCCAAGCCGGAGUUCCAGGGGCCGUUCCACGUGACCAACGUGGAGAAUGAGGAGCAGCUGCUCAAGCGCUGGUUCGCGCACAUGCGCGCAGAGCGCCCGGGCAUAUAUGUCACGUACAACGGAGACUUCUUCGACUGGCCGUUUAUCGAGCAGCGCGCUGCUACACACGGCAUGUCGCUGCUGCAGGAGAUGGGGUUCAAGUGCGAUGCGGUCAGUGGGGAGUGUCGCAGCCGCUUCGUGUGUCACCUGGACGCGUUUGCAUGGGUGCGCAGGGACAGCUACCUGCCACAGGGGUCGCAGGGCCUCAAGGCGGUCACGAGGGCCAAGCUGGGGUAUGAUCCGCAUGAGGUGGAUGCAGAAGACAUGGUGCGCUUUGCACGCGAGCAGCCUCAGGUGAUGGCGUCGUACUCAGUAUCCGACGCGCUAGCAACAUAUUUCCUGUACAAGACGUACGUGCACCCGUUCAUCUUCUCCCUCGCCACCAUCAUCCCCAUGCCGCCCGACGAGGUGCUGCGCAAGGGCUCCGGCACACUCUGCGAGACUCUGCUCAUGGUCGAGGCGUACCGCAACAACAUCGUGUGUCCCAACAAGCACGUGGAUGCAGUGGAGCGGUUUCACAACAACCGGCUGUUGGAGAGUGAGACGUACAUAGGUGGCCACGUGGAGUGCCUGGAGAGCGGUGUCUUCCGCUCCGACAUCCCCACCAAGUUCCGCCUGCACCCCUCCGCCUACCAGAUGCUGAUAGACAAGCUGGACGAGGACCUCGUGUACGCGCUCAAGGAGGAGGGCGGCAUGGCCGUGGAGGAUGUCAGCAACUAUGAGGACGUUAAGCAGAGCAUUGUGGAUAAGCUGAGCGCGCUGCGGGAUGCGCCAGUGAGGGAGGAGUGUCCGGUGAUCUACCAUCUGGACGUGGCCGCCAUGUACCCCAACAUCAUGCUCACCAACCGCCUGCAGCCGCCGUCCAUAGUGACGGAGGAGGUGUGUGCAGCGUGUGACUUCAACCGCCCAGGCAAGAACUGCCUGCGCCCGCUGGAGUGGGUGUGGCGCGGAGAAACGUACACCGCGUCAAAGAGCGAGUACUAUCAGCUGCGCAGUCAGAUGGAGACAGAGCGCUUCCCCUGUGCAGCACACGGGGGCCAGCUGCGCUCGUUCCGCGAGCUGCCCCUGCAGGAGCAGCAGGAGCGCAUGAAGGAGCGCCUCAAAAAGUACUGCCAGAAGGUGUACAAGCGGGUGGUGGACAAGCCCAAGGUGGAGGUGAAGGUGGCAGGCGUGUGCCAGCGGGAAAACUCUUUCUAUAUCGACACUGUCAGGAGUUUCCGUGACCGGCGGUACGAGUACAAGGGGCUGAACAAGAAAUGGAAGGGCAAGCUGGCAGACGCCAAGAAGUCCGGCAACGCGUUCUCAAUCCAGGAGGCGCAGGACAUGGUGGUGGUGUAUGACUCACUGCAGCUGGCGCACAAGUGCAUCCUCAACUCCUUCUACGGCUAUGUCAUGCGCAAGGGAGCGCGGUGGUACUCAAUGGAGAUGGCGGGCAUCACAACGUACACGGGAGCCAAGCUCAUUCAGAGUGCGCGGGAGCUGGUGGAGCGAGUGGGCAAGCCCCUGGAGCUAGACACCGACGGCAUCUGGUGCUGCCUCCCCGCCUCCUUCCCGCAGGACUUCUGCUUCACUCCCAGUAAGCCGGGUGGCAAGAAGCUGACGAUAUCAUACCCUUGUGUGAUGCUGAACGCGGAUGUGAAGAAGCAUAACACUAACGACCAGUACCAGACGCUGGUGGACCCAGAGAGUCGGCGCUAUGAGGUGGCGAGUGAGUGCUCCAUUGCGUUCGAAGUGGAUGGACCCUACAAGGCAAUGAUUCUCCCGGCAUCCAAGGAGGAGGGUGUGCUCCUAAAGAAGCGCUACGCCGUGUUCAACCUGGACGGGUCGCUGGCGGAGCUGAAGGGCUUUGAGCUGAAGCGGCGGGGCGAGCUGAAGCUGAUCAAGUGCUACGCUGCUGUCGCUGCCGUCGCCAACAACUGGCUCGACAUGCUCGAUAGUCGUGGGGCAGGGCUGGAGGAAGAAGAGCUGCUGGAGCACAUCAGCGAGUCGUGCACGAUGAGCAAGGCCCUGGAGGAGUACGGCGGGCGCAAGUCCACUGCCGCCACCACCGCCCUGCGCCUUGCGGACUUCCUGGGCGAGGCCAUGAUCAAGGACAAGGGGCUCAGCUGCAAGUAUAUUGUCGCCAAGUACCCCGCUACGUCUCCAGUGAGCGAGAGGGCCAUUCCCGUGGCCAUCUUCAAUGCCGAGCCAGAGGUGAUGCGGGUGUACCUGCGCAAGUGGUGCAAGGAGGCGCGCACGGCCCCCUGGACGUGCGCGGCAUAG